AUGAAGUCCAUUAGCGCAACUGCAUGGCUUCUCAUCGCCGGGGUCGAGGCCGCCAGUCAUGCCCACCGUCAUGGACACCACGCGGCCGUCGAAAGAGCCGUUCAGGCGACCAAGCAGACCGGCAGCUGUCAGUUUCCCUCGGACGCCGGCCUGGUGGCCGUCACCCCGGGCGAGCUGAACGGGGGCUGGGCCAUGAGCCCAGACCAGGAGUGUACGCCCGGCGGAUACUGCCCGUACGCCUGUCCGCCAGGGCAGGUCUCCAUGCAAUGGGACCCCGAGGCCACCUCGUACACUUUCCCGCUGUCGAUGAACGGCGGCCUGUACUGCGACGAGGACGGCAACAUCCAGAAGCCCUUCCCGAAGAAGCCGUACUGCCAGGACGGCACCGGAGCGGUGAGCGCGAAGAACAAGUGCUCCAGCCAUGUUUCGUUCUGUCAGACCGUCCUGCCGGGCAACGAGGCCAUGCUCAUCCCCACCUUGGUGCAGGAGCUGGAGACCCUCGCCGUGCCGGAUGUCGAGUACUGGCUCGAGACUGCGGCGCACUUCUACAUCAAUCCACCCGGCUAUAGCACCGACACAGCCUGUGUCUGGGGAACUUCGUCGAGCCCCAUCGGCAAUUGGUCGCCUUAUGUUGCCGGGGCCAACACCGACGCCUCGGGCAACACGUACGUGAAGAUCGGAUGGAACCCGAUCUACCUGGAGUUGACGACGCCCUUCCGCGACGUGGUGCCCGACUUUGGCGUGGAGAUCGAAUGCGAGGGCGACAGCUGCAAUGGACUUCCCUGCAAGAUCGAUCCGGAUGUGAACGGAGUCAACGAGAUGACGGGCUCCAGCUCGAUCGGCGCCGGAGGGGCCGCGUUCUGCGUGGUCACUGUUCCUAAGGGCGAAUCGGCGAACAUUGUUGUGUUUGAUAAGGCGGGCUCGUCUGGGGGCAGCAGCACUGUCAGCAGUGUUGUGGCCAGCAGCAGCUCAACCAUCAAGAGCACCAGCACUUCAAGUACCUCGACCAGCACCAGCACCAGCAGCACCAGCAGUACCAGCACCAGCACCAGCAUCAGCACCAGCACCAGCACCUCGGCUACUCCUACCAGUACCAGCACCAGCAUCAGCAGCACCAGCACCAGCAGCUCAUCCAUCGUUUCCAGCACCAGUUUCAGUACCGCUUCUAGCACAUCCAUCGCAGACAGCAGAACCACCACCAUCUUCUCCACCACCAUUAUCUUCAACCCCACGCGGAUUCCCAUUCAAGGCCCCUCAUCGAGCGUGAAAGUGAGCCCAUCUUCCGCCGCGGUCGCAUCCGCCAGCUAUACGUACGCGCCGCACGCUUUCGUUGAAACCGGCCACGUGCAGAUGGAGGCGGUUGCUGAGAGUGCCAGCGAAACGGCUGCGACGCCGACCGUCAUGACGGCGGCUCAAGGAGGCGCCAGCAGCAAGACGGUGUCGAGGCUGGGGUUGGUGUUGGCGGUGAUUGGAGCCGUGCUGAUGGUUUAG